UCUCUAAAGCUCCAAAAAAAAAAAAAAAAAAAAAAAAAAAAAAAAAAAAAAAGCCACACACACACACAAUGGAAAACAUUGGUGAUGAAUAUACAAAUUACUGGGAAACCAAUAUGUUUCUCCGAACCGAAGAACUUGAAAGUUUUUUCGAUGAAGCAUUAUCUGCCCACUAUGAUUCGAGCUCACCUGAUGGAACAAAUUCAUCGAUGACGUCAAAAAACAUUGUUUCAGAAAGGAAUAGGAGAAAAAUGCUCAAUGAAAGGCUCUAUGCAUUGAGAUCAGUGGUCCCCAAUAUUACAAAGAUGGAUAAAGCAUCAAUAAUUAGAGAUGCCAUUCAAUAUAUUGAAAAGCUGGAGAAAGAAAAGGAGAGCAUUCAAUUAGAAAUUUCAGAGCUGAAAUCUGGUACAUCAGGAAAUAGUACAAUGUUUGAUAUUGAUCAAGAAGUCACCACUUUUUGUUCAAAUCCAAAGAGAACAAGACUGGAUCAUGCUUGUCAUUCUGAAACAUCAAGAUCAUUUCCCAUUGAAGUUCUAGAGUUGAGGGUAUCUCACAUGGGGGGAAAGACAGUUGUGAUUAGCCUUACGUGCAGCAAUAGAACAUACACAAUUGUAAAGCUAUGUGAGAUUUUUGAAUCUUUGAAGCUCAAAAUCAUCACUGCCAACAUCACUGUUUUCUCUCAAAAUCUUUUGAAGACGGUAUUUGUUGAGGUAAUAUUCUCUUCCUACUCUAUUUUGUACACAUGCGUCGACACUUCGUAAUUAUAACAAUAUAUUUUGUAAGGUGAAUCCUCCGUAUUGAUUGUACAAUCUACCAAACCUCUUGUAUGUGUGUCUUCUUGUUGUAGUACAUUGAGCUCACGUCACUUUGCACAUCAUAUGUUCUCUCUAUUCUAGUACAUAUGUCAUUUUGCAUAUCUUAUAAUCUUGUAUCUAUCACGUUGUUGUCAAAUCUUAUCUUACAUGUCUCGUAAUCAGUUUUGCUGUAGGAUGUAUUUAAUCUUGUCUUGCACGUGCGAACCAUAAAAAGACGUAGUAUCAUAAUUUAAGUUAAUUACUUAGCCCCUGUUUGGCCUCCAUUUUUCAAAACUCAUUUUCAACCACAUAUUUUCUAGAAUUCAUCACUUUUAUCAACUUUUCAAUCAAAUGUUUCGUCGACUUUUAUUAACAUCUACUAAAAGUUUAAUUUUUGUAGGGGCAAACAGGAACUUUCUUUAAUUCAACUCAAGAACUUUGUAACUAAAUAAGAGAAUUAAAAUAGUGAAUAAUUAUUUAAUUUAAGAAUACAAAAUCGAUGCUCAAAUUAGAUUUGGUGGACUGCCUAACCCAAUUUCCCCCAUCUUCUUGGACACGGUCUUGGUAUAUAAGUCAAAGAAUAGGACCUAACCACUAUCAACAUUGAAGAUUAUAAAUAUUGACAUUUGAAGAAAAUAAUAAUUAUUUUGUUAGAAAACAUCGAAGUUACAUAACGUUGCCUACAUAAAUCCAAGA